AGAUUUGAUAUAUUCGCAAAUUCAGACGCUUUCGUUAGCCUUAGCUGCGGCUAGCAUGUGGCUAACGUGGCGUGUGUGAAUGUUCACGGGCAUUUGCGUUUUAUCACUACAGUCGUGUCUGCCUCACUGUAGCACAGCCAGGACGAGCCCUAGUCUAGCAUGUGGUCUUUAUUUGGGCUUGUUUUGUUGAAUGAGACUCGACACGAGUGUCUCUGUGAAUGAAUGAGAGACGCGGGUUGUUGUGAAUAAAGAACAUCAGGGUGACGAAGGGACUGCGGGGAUGGAGAGAGCUCCAGAAACAGCCCGGAAAAGCACAGCCAGCAUUCCCCUCCACACAGUGCCUGGCACCGGCUCUUCAUCGGCCGCUGAGGAGAAUGAAUCAGCAGGGGUGCAUUUGUGUGAGGUUUGUGGAACGUGUUUUGAGACAAAGAGAGGACUUUCCAGUCAUUGCAGGUCUCACUUGAGGCAGCUGGGGGUGGCUGUGUCCGACAGCAGCGGCGCUCCGAUUGGCCUGCUCUAUGAGCUUAUCCGUGAGAGAGAUGGAAAACUGCCCUACUCCUCCCCUAAGGCCAGCUUGGACAAAACGCCAGCUCCCAAACCCCCCCAAAAACCCAAAAUCCCCAAAUCGCUCUUGACCACUUCCCUUAAAACCCUCCAGACUCCCACCCCUAAAUCGACCCAGACCCCCACCCAUAAAACCCCCAAAGCCUCCACCCCUAAAACCCCCCCGUCUUCCACACUUAAAACCCCCAGCUCCAAAAAAGACUCCACCACCAAACUCAAGAUUAAAAUAGCCUCCCUAGUGAAGAAGUACAGUAAGUCUCCAUCCGCAGGGUCAGCCCCGCUGUCCCCCAGCCUCUCCCCCCCACCGCUCAGCCCCAUUAAACCUGAUAAACCCCGUAAAGUGCCCACCGAGCCAAAGAGUGUUCCGGGUCCUGUAUCUUCACCUCUGUCUCCGUCUCUCAAUCUGCCCUCCUCCAAACCCCUGUGGGCUCCUCAGGAAACAGACGCUCCGCUGAACCUCACAGCAAUGACGGACCCUUCACUGAGGCACGAUGUUCACGUCUGUGAGCUGUGCGGAGCGUGGUAUGAGACGAGGAAGGGUUUGUCCAGCCAUGCGAGGGCUCACCUGCGGCAGUUUGGGGUGGAAAUUGACUCAAAAGGUGCCCCGAUUGACAUCCUGCAUGAGCUGCUGCUGAAGGAGGAGCAGAGCGGGAGGGUCAGCCCACUGCAGUUCGACAACUACCCUCCCUCAUCCACUCCCCCAAGAGCUGCCCCCAAACGGCCUGCUCCGUCUUCGCCUCUGCCUGAGGGGUCACACAUUGCCCCUGUCUCCCCGCCGCCCCUGAAAAAGAUCAAAACCUCAGCUGCAGCGGUGGGGGCAGAGCCAGAGGGGGAGGCAUUUGGCCAGAAAGGUGAUUUGUCAAAGGAUGUGAGCUGUGAGUUCUGUCAUGAAAAUUUUAAGAAGAGUCAAAGUUUAGCAAGCCACGCCCGCUCUCACCUCCGCCAGCUUGGCAUAACCGAGUGGUCCGUGCAUGGGUCACCCAUGGCAACGCUCAGGGACCUAAUGGCCCGUCGUGGAACGACCAGUUUACCCAAGCCUCAUGCUCCUCCCUCAAAGCAUAGUCACAUGCCCACGAAACCACUUGGCUCACCCAUUAAACCACAUGCCCCGCCCACAAAAGACGGUGUCUCGCCUACGAAGCCUCAUACUUCACCUGUACAGUCCCAUGUACUGGAAAAACCCAUUGACAUGCCCACAAAGCCGCAAGUCCCACCCACAAAGCAUUUUGCCUCACCUCCAAAUCCCCAUGCUUCACCUAUGAAGACUCCUCAUCCUCCUAAAAAGCCACUCCCCUCAACACCUGCCAGUCCUCCACCUCCAUCCACAGCACUCCCUCUGACUUCUGGUUCCACCCCCAUUGCAAAAUCUCCAGGCUCCGCCCCUCCCCGAGUGCCCAAAGCCAGAAAAGGCUCACGGACGGUGGUGCCUAAACCAAAGGAUGAGCCGUUGGAGAAGAACAUCUCUGUCCCUAAACCCAAAAACACUACUACACCUUCACUUGCUGCUCCAGGGUCCAGCAGCAACCAGAACACCACAGUGCUGAAGCCGGAGGCUGAUCUGUCUGUGCCGGUUCGGUGUAAUUACUGCGGUGAGAUGUUCGACAGUCGUAAAGCUCUGUCCUGCCAUGCCCGUGCCCACCUGCGCCAGCUGGGGGUCAAAUGGUCCCCCAACGCCUCGCCCAUUGACACACUAUAUGAGCUCAUGCUGAGGGAGGGUACACUGCAGGGGUCAGAGGUCAAACCAGAGCCUCCAGCAGGGGCCAGCGGGUCAUGGAGGAAGGCGACCUCCUCACCUCAAACGUUCACAACUUCACCCGUAGAGUUCCUCGCAGAGAAAACAGAUUCGCAGGACAGCAUGGCCACAGGGUGUGAGGCUACGUGUGACCUGUGCGGGUUUGACUUUGAGAACAGAAAAGCUCUGGCAAGUCAUGCACGUGCUCAUCUGCGCCAGCAGGGGGUGGACUGGCACACUAACGGCUCUCCUAUAGAGACAUUGGCCGAGUGGAUGCAGAGAGAACCGGGCAAAGUGGCAGAGCUCCACAAACGCUACAUGAGGGGAGAACUGCCACAGGUGGUUAAGAAGAGGAGUUCGGCAUCCCCUCAUCCCUCGCUCUCUGACCCGGAGUCCGCUCGCCCUGCAACUGCUAGAGAGCUCAAAGGUCAGCUGUCCUCGUCCUCUGCCCACAGGAAACCAUCGGCUUCGCAGCACACACCAACGCACACCGCCGCCAGAGGUUGUGAGAGGCGUCCUCCUAAGCACAUCCCCCAUAGUGACAGCAGGCUGGGGGCGGGCCCUCUGAAGCCACGUGUGGGGAAUGCUCCCUCCCUCAUGCCCCGGCCACCGGAGAGCAGCCUGGUUAAACUGGUGGGAAAAGUUUAUUCACUGAAGUGCAGGUUCUGCGAGGAGGUGUUUAAAGGUCCUCUCUCGGUUCAGGAGGAUUGGCUGAUUCACCUGCGGCAGCACAUCCUCAACCUCAAACGGGACUCUGCCCCCAACUCUGCCCCUGCAACACAGAGCACUGCCCCUGCAAUGCAGAGCACUUCCCCCACAAUCCAGCGCUCGGACUCAACGCAGCUGAUUGGACCGCAGGUCGUUUAGGGGGCAGGAACGCUGCUUGUUACUAUAGUUGUCUGGUAAGGGCUGCUCUACAGCAUCCCCCUCAGGAAGCUUCAGCUGUGAGCUUUACGCUGAGGAGCUGUUGAUCGGCCAAGUUCUGCAUCUUUUCAGCUGAAACUACUUUUUACAGAUUUUCACAGUUGGUUUAGGGAGACUCUGCGGAAGAGGAGUGUCACUGAAGAGCUGAAUGUAUUUUACUUUUUGAAUUCUGGAUUCUGUGUUUUUACGUUUGAUCAUUUUAAUUAGGAUUUAUUUUUAGAAUUUCCAUGGGCUGAUUUUAUACUGGUGUAAAGGGAACUGAACUCCUAUAUGAAAUGUUUUGUAUAAAUAAGGACAGCCCUGUAUACUGUUCAGGUGACCGCAGGUGUGUGUGUCUGUGUGUGUGUGUGUGUGUCAGGGGAGGGACUGAAUGAAUGUGCACCACAUUUAUUACCAAAACACUGAAUAAAAAUGAAUACAUUUAUAAAUAUA